AUGCACAGCGUCUGCGCUGUCUUUCGAGUCAACCAUGCAGGAGCUGGAAAAUCGCCAGAGCUGCGGACAUUGUUCUUUCGACUGCGGACACUGCUGAAGCUGCCGCUACAUGCAGUCUUUGUCUUUGAUGGCCUCAAGCGCUUGCCAGACAAAGGUCGCAAGGUUAGAAGCAGCCCCCACUGGCUCACUCGUGACUUCCAGCGCAUGCUGGAGUUGUUUGGCUUUGACUGGACUCAAGUAUUGCUAUACCAGGCUCCAAGCGAAGCUGAAGCAGAGCUGGCUGCCAUGAAUGUCCACGGUGUCAUUGAUGCUGUGAUGACCGAGGACAGCGAUAUCUUGAUCUUCAGGAGCUCCGUAUGCUGCCAUUUUCCUGUUGAUGUGCUGCCGUUGAUUCCCGGUAGUGCAAAAAAUGACAAGGACUAUCUCAACGUCCAGGUGUUCACGGAAGAUGGCCUUGAACACGGCUGCUCAUUAACGCGAGGAGACCGGCUGCUAAUUGCCCUGCUCGCAGGCGGUGAUUAUGAUCGCAGUGUUCCUGGCUGUGGGAUCGAAAUCGCGCAUAAGGUGGCGCUGCACAGUAAAAUCAGCCAGAUGAUGCUCGAUGCAUUCCUGUCGAUGACGCCGGAUGAAUUUUCUGAGCGGGCUGAGGAGCUUGUUGAGGAUCUGCGUACCCUGCUUUCUACUGAUCCUUACAAUUUCCUUGAGCGCAGGUACAAGGCGGUUGCAGACUGCAUUCCUCAUGGUUUCCCUCAGCAUGCAGUAGUCAGCAAGUAUGUCCACGCUUUCACGUCUUUUUUGGCCACUAGGAAUGGUACAGUGGCACUGCCCUGGGACGUCUCAUUCCACCAACCAGAUCUCGCAAGUCUCGCAGACUUUUGCCGUCAGCAUUUGGGCUGGGAGGAUGAUGCAAUUAUUGAGAAGAUGUAUGGCAGUGUAUGGGAGGGCGCCUGUCUGCGUGCCUUAUGCAAGGUAAGCAGCACUGUGUUCAUAGGCAGCCGCUAA